UUGCCACUUCAAAAAGAAUUACUGAAAUCAAGCAAAUCCCAUUCUCUUCUUUCUUUUACACGCUUCGGUCUCACUUCAAAUUCUUUCUCCCUGUUUUCAAAUAAUAUAUAGCACACAGCAGCAACCAGCUAUAUAUAUAAUCAUAAGCAGAAUUUUUUAUUUUCUUUUUCUUAAAAAAAAAGAAUAAAAAACUUGGUAGAAUUAAAUUCCAUAGCCAAACAUCAAGAAAGAAAAAGAAUUUUGUGUAUUACGUGUUUGAAGACGUGGGGGAAGAAGCGAAAAUCAGCUUUGUAAUGGGAAUCAUAUCAGAACAGUAGAGAUGACAUGGUGCAAUAACACGGUCGAUGAUAGAGCUCUGCAUAUAGCUACUAAAGAACCCAUCGUUUCCGUCGCCACCUCCGCCGCGGCCGCCUCAACCAUUAGUUGCCCUUCAUGUGGCCAUAACAUACCCUACCAAGAUCAGGCGGGGAUUCAUGACUUGCCUGGUUUACCAGCGGGAGUGAAAUUCGAUCCCACUGACCAGGAAAUUCUAGAGCAUUUAGAAGCCAAGGUAAUAUUGGACAAGUACAACCUUCAUCCUUUGAUUGAUGAGUUUAUUCCAACGCUUGAAGGCGAGAAUGGAAUUUGCUAUACUCAUCCAGAGAGGCUUCCAGGUGUAAGCAAAGAUGGGCAAAUUCGACACUUCUUUCAUCGACCAUCCAAGGCGUACACAACGGGGACUAGGAAGAGAAGAAAAGUGCACACCGGUGAUGAAGAUGGAAGCGAAACAAGGUGGCAUAAAACAGGCAAAACCAGACCAGUUUUGGUGGGUGGGACAGUGAAAGGAUACAAAAAAAUAUUAGUACUGUACACUAACUAUGGCAGGCAAAAGAAACCUGAGAAGACAAACUGGGUAAUGCAUCAAUAUCACCUUGGUAACAAUGAAGAUGAGAAAGAUGGAGAGUUAGUGGUUUCUAAAGUGUUUUACCAAACUCAACCUAGGCAAUGCGGUACAAGUAGUAGUAUUAAGGAACCCCUUAAUAGAAAGUCGAAAAAUAUUAUUCAAACUCCUAAUUCAAGCAGUGGGGGCGUUGUUGAGUAUUACAAUCAACCUUUUAUUUCAUUUGAUCAUGGUCAUGGAAGCCAUCACUAUAGAGAAAACCCACCUCAGAUCAUCCCUAAUUUUGGUGUUCAAGGUGAUGAAUCUUCGUUUUAUCGAUUAGCCUCUGAUACAAGCAAAGGGAAAGGGAGAUCACUUUGAAGGAAAAAAAGGGAAUUAAUGGGAGAGAUUUGAGACAAUGACUUGGUUGGUUGCUGAUGUUCUGUAAUAGUCAAAAUAACGUAUCAGAUUGUGAUUUUGCUGAACAAUUGAAGGAGGGGACGAAAGAGUGCCAGAUAUGCUUUGGAAGAUUUGCACAUCACCAUUGAUGCUCUUGAGCAAAGGUUUUAAAACAAGGGAGCCGCUGUCGUAUAUAUACUGUUUUUUUACCAUUAUUAUAUAUAUAUAUAUAUACAUAUAAGGUUUGAUUACAUUUAUAGCUUAAUUGUACAAAGAGACAUGAAUCGUAUGAACUUUCUGCCAGAAACCUAAUAGAUUUAUUUAGUUUUAUCA